GGUGGGAUGCCGAGCCGCUGGGCCGCGGCCCGGGGACCGCUGAUGGAUAAAAAGUGGAUAACUCUAAGUGAGGAAGACAGAAGGCCUGGUGCUGUAAGAACCAUUGCUAUGACACGAGAGCAGUAUAUAUUAGCAACACAACAGAACAGCCUUCCAAGGACUGAGCAUCCUCAGUUUUACCCAGUGGGGAUUUAUGGAUGGCGAAAGAGGUGCUUAUACUUCUUUGUCCUUCUGCUGUUGGUUACCAUGAUUGUUAAUUUAGCAAUGACAAUAUGGAUUUUGAAGGUUAUGAAUUUCACAGUGGAUGGAAUGGGAAAUUUGAGAGUCACUAAAAAAGGAAUACGACUUGACGGAAUAUCUGAAUUUCUACUUCCACUAUAUGUGAAAGAAAUCCAUUCCCGAAAGGAUAGUCCUCUGGUCUUACAGUCUGACAGAAAUGUAACAGUGAAUGCAAGAAAUCACAUGGGACAGUUAACUGGACAACUGACAGUAGGGGCUGAUGCUGUGGAAGCUCAGUGUAAGAGAUUUGAAGUGAGGGCAAGUGACAGUGGAAGGGUGUUGUUUUCUGCAGAUGAAGAGGAGAUUGUCAUUGGAGCUGACAGACUGAAAGUAACAGGCACGGAAGGGGCAGUGUUUGGGCACUCUGUGGAGACACCCCAUAUCAGAGCAGAACCUUCCCAAGACCUCAAACUUGAAUCUCCUACUAGAUCUUUGGUGAUGGAAGCACCCAGAGGAGUGCAAGUCAACGCAGCCGCAGGAGACUUAAAGGCUACCUGUAGGAAAGAGCUGCACUUGCAGUCCACAGAAGGGGAGAUAUUUUUAGACGCAGAUACAAUCCGCCUGGGAAAUCUACCAGUGGGGUCCUUUUCAUCCUCCUCCUCCUUCUCGUCCUCCUCCUCCUCACCCAGCUCUUCGGCUCCUCGCCAGACUAUCUAUGAGCUCUGCGCCUGUCCCAAUGGUAAACUCUACCUGUCCCCAGCAGGAGCAGGCUCCACAUGUCAAUCCAGUAGCAACAUCUGCUUGUGGAGCUAGAAGGACUCCGUUUUAUCCUCACACCAGAAUAGCCUUUGGUUACUAUCCCUCAGCUUCACAGUUCGGUUCGGUUUCCCUCGUGAGCAGCCCGACGCUCCGAGCCCCUGCAGAGCAGCUUCUUCCACUGCAAGCAGGAGUUCAGGCUGCCUUCUGCUGGGGCUUGUGCUGCCGCCCAGCGCAGGG